AUGGAACUUCUCGAGAUGAAAGGAAAAUGGAAGUUGAAAUUUAGCCCCUAUGGAUACGCUCUGUUAAAUUUGGACCCGCUGACACUAAUUGGUCGUGAUUUCAUAAAUCCCUUCACAAGGUUUUAUUUAGAGGGAUACCUUCAAACUCUCCUUACCGCCGACUUAAGCGGUAUCGUUUACAAUAGUUUGUUCAAUAAAACCACCGAUGAAGAAAUGAGCCACAACGUCAACUACCGGAUUUUGUCAAAGUUCUUUGAAAUGUCUGCGAUGGCUGGAGGGGUAUGACUCACUUUUUGUUUGUUUGUUUGUUUGUUUGUUUGUUUGUUUAUUGAUUACUACUACUACUACUACAUACUACUACUACUACUACAUACUACUACUACAUACUACUGGCAACUAGAUACACAUUGCCUAUAUAGUUUGUUGGGUCACUCUUGUCACCCGAUUUAUAGAUUGGGCUUAUAAGGCCUUGACACCAAAUAUCUAGUAUUUUUCCACAUUGUAAAAUGAGGUUAAAAGUUUGAUGUAAACAGGCAGAAGUGAUUCAAGGCUCGAUUUGAUCAUUUCGUUUCUUACUUUCUUCUUUCUUCUUAUUUUGUCAAAGAAAGGAGAUUUCUUAUUUUUCAAUUUCUUCACUGCUUGACGUAUUUCUUGCUUAUCUCAUGAUUUAAAUAGUUAAGUUUUUCUUUAUAUUUUUCUAAUGACUGUAGCUCUGUAUAGACUUCUUCAUUCAUUAGAAUGUUAAGAUUGAAAGCGUUUUAGCCAAGUUUCUUCCGAGAUUGGGGCGGGAGCAUUUUGGGCGACAGUAUCGUUCCUAGAUUUCAAACAACUCCAAAACGAUGCUUUGUCGGGAUUCAGUGUUAGUUCGUCGAGUUGCAGAGAUUUUUCGGUCUGAAAUUCUUUGCUUUUUGAGAACCAAAAUAAAUUCAUUAUUAUAUGUAGAUGAUUUGAUUAUCCUAUCAAGAUCCAAAAUAGCAUUGCAAAACUGUUUGAAUACGCUUUCUUAAUAUUACAAAGCAUGGAUGCUUCAAAUAACUCCGAAAAAACUAAAACAAUGAGAUUUCAAAAACGCUGAAGGAAAUCCGUUGAUAUAAGUUUCAAGAUAGGCUUCGAGACAAUUGAAAUUGUUCAAGAAUACACCUAUUUAGGCACACGUUUAACUCCAACUGGAAACUUUACCCUUGCAACCGAACACUUAAAAGAAAAAGCCUUACACGCAUUCUCCAGUAUACGAAAACAUACACUUCUUGAUAGACUUCACCCUAAUACCGCAUUGCAGAUUUUUGACACUAUGAUAUUUCCGAUCUUAAGCUACAACAGUGAGGUAUGGGGUAUGUAUACUAAACAGAAUUUUAAAAAAUGGGAUAGUUCCCCGAUAGAAAAAAUUCAUCUCCAGUUCAGCAAACGUUACCAAGAAGUAAACAAUAAGGCCUCGAACUUAGCCUGUAGAGCUAAACUUGGAAGAUUACCUCUAACUAUUCCAAUUAAUGAAAAAAUUACGAAAUAUUUUGUUUAUUUAAAAAACAAAGAUGAUGAAUCUAUAGUAAAACAAUCUUUUCUUAUGUCGAAGAAUCUACAUCUCUUUUAUAACUCGGGAUUUUAUUCCAAUUUUAUGAGCAUGAUAGCACAAUACCGUUCAUCUAACUUAGGUCCUGAAUCUUUUGAUAACGAUCAAAUUAGCAAUAUACAACUACUAUAAAAGAAAAAUAUAUAUUUUUCUGGCGCCAUAGCCUUAAACAUUCUGAAAAAAUUGAAUUUUACAAAGUUUUUAAAGAGGAAUACUCUUUAUCUGAUUAUUUACACCAGCUGAGAAAUUUUAAUGAGAGACGAACUUUAGUGAAGUUUAGGAUUAGUAAUCACAAACUUAUGAUUGAAGUUGGUCGAUAUGAUAAUAUACCCAGAGAAAGGAGAUUUUGCCCAUUGUGCAAAUCAAAUCAAGUAGAAAAUGAAAAUAAUUUCUUGUUUCAGUGCAAUAGAUGCACUUUGCAGUGACAAAUUUCUUAAAUCGAAUCAAUGAAAUAAUACCUGACAUCGAAAGAAAAUCGACCUACGAAAGCUUAAACCUUCUUAUGAAUUCUAAUGACUGCAGCCUAACUAAGAUAGUUAUAAAGUUUAUAUCCACAUUUAUAAAUAUACGUAAUACAUUAUCGAUAUCAAAUAAAAGAAAUGUAUCUAAGAAGAAUAUUAGAGUAUUAUUAGCCUUGUUUUGUUAUUAAUCAGUUUUCCUUUUGCAACACUGUAAAAUGUUAUGGUCAUGCAAAUAAAGUUUAUUACUGCUACUACUAGUACUACUACUACUACUGCUACUACUACUACUACUAGUACUACUACUACUGGUACUACUACUACUAGUAGUAGUACUAGUACUACUACUAGUACUAGUACUACUACUACUACUACUAGUACUACUGCUACUACUACUACUACUACUAGUACUACUACUACUACUACUAGUACUACUACUAGUACUCUAUCCACCUCUGUAGCUAUUACUGCUACUAAGAUUUAAUGGUCAGUAUGGACGGACAAAGCUUCUUGGUGUAAGCUAAUGGACAAAAAAAUAUACAACACCAGCUUUAAACGAAAGUUUAGGUAAGCUAUACACAUACAUGUAUAGCAUGUGAUUUAGCUUAUGUACUGAAUCACUCGAACUGGCGACUAAGAAUUCUUCAGUCGUAGAACAAACCUCUGUGUUUUUUUCUUCAAGGUUAAUAACAGGCGGCCAUCGAAGUACGAAGCCUUUAUUGACGACAAGACUACGUGGAUAAGUGACAGGUUCUUCACUCAACAGCGUCUGGCAGGAAUCAACCCUAUGUCACUGAGACGAGUGACUCUCAAAGCUGGUAAAACUUCCUUUAAUAAUGGUGUCGCUAGAAGAACAAUUACCAUCUUUCAAGUUACAGAAAAACAUUGAUAACUUUUUUUAGCCACUUUUCAACUUUGGAUCGUACUCGAUAGGUUUUUUCAAACGCUGGCUCUUUGCCGGCUCUUACACUUUCUUUCAGCAGUAAUGAUAUGGAAAGAACAAUGUAAAUAACUGUCAUCCAUCUUCUAGUGAUUAUGGCAAGAAAACUGAUAUUGAUUAUGAUUAUAUGGAUGAUGGUGAUGGUAAUGAUGAUGAUGAUGAUGAUGAUAAAGGGUAAUCAUUAUGAUGAUAAUAGUCAUAUUGAAUAUAAUGAUAAUAAUGACGAUGAUGAUGAUGAUGAUGAUGAUGGUGAUGACGGUGGUGAUGAUGAUGAUGAUAACAAUAAUAACAAGACAGGAACGAAUACAAAUAAAAAUAAGUGUGCACAUGUCCUACAUUGUUUUCUUUCAAUCAUUCCUUUAUCCUCGUCCAGGUCCAGUAGGGUUGGAUUGGGACACACUCUAUAAAACACUGAAUCCAGAAUUUGACUGGGAAGGUGCUGUUCAAAAAGCUUUGGGAAGCGAUGACACGUUAGAAGAGGUAUUAUUACCGUCCAAAACAUAAAAGCCAAAGGCUUUAAAAUACAACUUCUUAAGCCGCACCAGUUCGAAGGAAAGUUUCUUAUUAAAGCGCUUAACUUUAGAACAAAGGUAUUAUAAUUUUUAUUUUUUUGUAAAUUAAGCCGACUAAUUGCGUGGGGGGACACAGACUAAGUCCAGAACUGUCGCCUAACUAGUGGGUUUAGAGAAAAGCUCCAUUCUAAAGUUCAGUUUUGAUAUUUAUUUCUCUAUUCAUUUACUAAUUUGUCUAAUUAUUUAUAAAUUUUAAUCAAUUUAUUUAUCUAUCUUUUGUUUUCAGGCCAUUUAUCAAGGUCGAGUCUACGUUCUUCGUUACGAGUUGUGUGACGACCUACCCAGAGAAGAAGUGGACCUUACUGACAAUGAUCCCAACAGGACAAUGUGGGACACACUCUCUCCCAUUGCUCUGUUUGCGUCUAAGCAAGAUUUCCUGACAAAAACCAAUGAUCUUGUCCCUGUAGCCAUCCAAAUGGACUACACUCCAGGUUCAGUGUAUUAAAGAUUUAGGAAGUUAAUAUUUACUAAACAUUACCUUUCCGCCAUAAUCUUGUUAGCCUUGUUUCGCCGUACUUCGGAAAUCGAAUAGUUUGGGCAAUGUGAUCAUUUUAUAUUUCCUUUUUUUUUAAACGACUAAACUGCUGGCCAAGUAGUCAUGGGAUUAUUUCUGAGUCAGGUAAAAAUCACUUUGAGGGAAAAAAGCAGGUCAAAAUAGCCUGAAAAGAACGAAAUUAUAAGAAAGAGGAAGUCAGUCAACGAAAAAAAAAAAGGUCUGCUGUCUGAUUUAAACUGUCUGUUAAGUUGGGAUGAAUCAUGUAGACAGUAUGAAGUAUAGGUAAAUAGUAAUAAAUCUAGUACUGUUUUGCAAAUAGUAAACGAAAUAACCAGUUGGCUGAGCUAACAUCUUUUCCUCAUCAGAUUCAUCUGUAUACACUCCUGAUGAUGAUGACAACUGGAUGUUGGCCAAAUUGAAUGUCCAGGUUACAGAUCUCGGAUAUGCACAAAUUGUGGAGCAUCUUGGCAAGGUAUGUCACAACUAGAAAUUUUUUAUAGGCACUCCUGGGAAUUCCACGGGUGCCUUCGAUUUAAUGCAAAAAAUAGGAUCGGAAAAGGCAAUUGUUCGAUGAAAUCCGGCUGAAUUGUGGCGUAUUGCGAAAGAAAGAGCUCGAAGCUUUUGUUGAAACUUUUUAAUUUGCUGAGCUGAGUUUGAAAUGAGGAACAAUUUACGGCAGCAAAGGGAUUGCCCGAAAUGGCGAUAAGGGCAAAACAACUGGGCUGCUUCACCCAGAACAUCGGGAGAAUGCAAGAGCAAUCGUUAAACGGAUUACUAGAACAGUGAGCAUUGUAACUGUUGAGGUUUGCUCCGCCGAGAUUACCGUAGAUCGCUAUUGUGGUGAACGAGCGUACGCUCCUCACGCAAGCUUUUCAAUACUCUUUUAUCGACAUCUUCACAAAAAUAAAGCUCGUUUUUUCAGAAACGCAGACAGCUCAUGUGUUGUUUCCUUUCGCUGAUUUUUACAUUUACAGUGUAAUUACUUCGUCUGUGAUGAAUGAAGCGCCACUUAUUAAAGAGUUCGUUAGGUCGAGAGACACUUGUUUAUUUCGCUACUCGAGUGCUGUAUUUUCAUCGGCAGUUUGACGGAAACGUUUCUUUACUUGCAAUUUACUAGCAUUUUAAACACCACUGUGAUUAAUGAUUGUCUCCGCGUAGUCCAUCUUUAUUUUAGAGAAAUAGAUCGUUUUCUUUUCGCUGACUUUAGGUCAAAUUCUUCAAGAUAACGCCGAAGCAAAAAUUAGUAAAAUUCUACCCGCCAAUUUUCAAUCACCGUGCUCUAUUUAACAAAUAGAUUCCAAGUUGCCGGUUGUCUGUUCAGUAAUAGAUCAGAGAUGACGUCAAAAUGUGGUAAGAACAAAAAAGUGGCACACGAGGCGCAGCCGAGUGUGUCACUGAUGUUCUUACCACAUUUUGACGUCCUCUGUGAUCUAUUACUGAACAGACGCACGGCAACUUGGAAUCUAUUUGUUUUAUAUAUUAAGAAUUUUAAAAAAAUUUUAAUGAUGACGUCAUCUAUUCGUCUGUCCUCCAAUAGAUCAUAAGUGAGAACCAAUCAGAAUGCGUGCAUAACUGAGCUUAUUAUAUAAACUCUCAUAGAGCACGCUAUUUCAACCAAUCAGAGCGCGCGUUAUAUCGAAAAUUUCUUAUAGAUUUGUUUUAAAGUAGUUAUACCACACGACGUUUAACCAUAAUGCUUGUCUUACAAGGUUCAUUUUUUGAUGGAGCCAUUUUGCGUGGUAUUGAAACGCACCCUGUCGUCCUCUCAUCCACUUCAUCAAAUUUUAAAGUAUCACUGCAGGGACGUGACAGUCCCAAAUACCAUUGGUGCUCCAAAACUUGUUGGCGAAGGAGAGUUUAUGGAUCAGCUGUUUGCAUUUGGAAAUGAAGGAACCACCCGAAUUCUUAGAGAAGCACAUAAAUUAAGCACAUGGGAUGUCACAGAUUUUAGAAACGAAAUAAAGGUAUGUGAUGCGUCGGUUUUCCCCCUUUAACGUUUCAACCUAUAAAAAUUCAAAACAUUUCGGUCAACCAAAACACUUUUUCAGGCUUAAAAGACAUAUAAAUGUAUUCCUAUUGACCACAAUAUUCAGACUAUAUAUUCGCAUGAAGAAUAGACAGUCAACCCUUUUCUCCAACAAAAGAGCCUAAGCAGAAGAAAAAAUUGAAUUCAUAUUUUUUCAUGCAGUCCUUUAAUAAACUUGUACCUAAUACUUCUUUUCUUUUCCCCUUUUUAUCAAGCCUUCUUCUGCCGCCCCUUUUUGUUCACAUUCGGUUACACACAUGUACGUUGGAACCUUAAAUCAUACCAAAUGAAUACGACAUCUUCGAUCGAGUAUUUUACUCGAAAAGCGUUCACAGAUAAUGUACUACACGUCUCAAAUCAAAAUGCAAGUUGAAACAGUGAUCCAUAUAUAGUACUCCAGUCUCCAUUAUUUCUAAUGGCGUCUUUGACAUGAUGACCUUACCUGAAUUAUUGUUUAAAAGGAAGGAAAGAACUGCAGCGACAUAAAUAGAACAAAAAUGAAUUCUGUUUUAUUUAACUAUAACUCGAGCAUAGCAAGAAUAGUCUACGAAUAGGCCUACGAACCCGGUGCAUGCGCUUGCAAAGUAAUUUUAAAAGGAGCAAUUUUGUGGAAACACAUAGCUUGGAAAUUGAGUAUGUUGUGCUGUAAUACAUUUACAAUCAAGUGUGGACUUUUUUCACUUCUUUUGGAUGAAUAGAAACGCGGAGUCGAUGACAAGAAGCUUCUUCCGUACUAUCCUUACCGUGAUGAUGGAGAGAAAAUUUUGAAAAUUAUCGAAAAUAUGGUGAAGGAUUACGUCGACUUGUAAGUAUUACUUCACGGGAAAAUACUGGAAAAAAUUGUAGCUCUGAACUAACUCCUAGUUAUCAAGACCAACUCACUAAGAACACUAGUUAGUUUAAUAAUGUUAGCCCAUCUACCUUGGGUGUUGGGAUAACAGCAACAACACAGUUCCGCCGAAAAGGGCUAAACCUCGUGACACCAGCUUUCCUACGCUCGCGAUGGCAGUUCACGUCGACUAUUUUAAAACUAUAUAUUUUACAUGCCUGUCGACGCAGCACUGCAGCGUCUUAAAAAGUUAGCUUUCUAAGGUAUGUUUAUACCGAGUAUGAUCCUUGCGUUAGAGUGAUACUGUGUCCGAUGUCCAAUGUCCCCAAUGAGUAGUCAAACCUUAGACCUUCUGAUUUCUGGUCGAGUGCACAAUCAAAUAGCAGCAGAUAGCUUGUGGCAGGAUAUGCCUUUGUGUACUAGGUACGGGUUUAAAACACUAACUUUUGACUCUCCUUUAGAAGGCAAUGUUUGUAGUUGCAAAAGCAGCCUGGGCGUCGAUGAUGACUUCUAGUCUUGCCAUACAAUCAUUCCAUCUAUCUAUAUCCAAUUUAGUGGUGAUUUUUUCAAUUGUCUCCACAAAAAGCACUAAUUAUAACUUAGAAAACACCUUGUAGGGAAUGUCAGUAAACGUUUUGCAUUGUACUGUUUUCUCAGGUAUUAUUACGACAAUGAGGAUGUUAAAAAGGAUUAUGAGUUUGGAUCAUUCCUCCGUGAAUUGUCUACUGGAACGAUUUUUCACCCCAUCUAUGUAAGUGUAAAAAAGUCUGAUUGUUAUAGUGGUUUGUUUUUUGCUGUCUUUGGUUUUAUAUAUCUACAAUUCGUCUGCUUAAAUAUCUUGAUCUUCGACCAGUGAUGGAGGGAUAUAUGGCGUGCACUGUGUAACUGCGGGUACCUGCUGUUGUCAGCUCAGUUUUUGGCGUCUGAAUCAUCGAUUAUUGUAACGUUACCGUCUUAGGCAAACGGACGUACAUUCCUCUCCCAAGAGUUUUCGUUGUAGAUAACAUUGUGUUACAUUUAACAUUUUGAAAUCAUUAAAACUUAAAGAGAUAGCCUGUGAUGAGGCACAACUGUAAACAUUCUGGGUUAUGGCGUUGCUUGGGCGAGGCGUUAUCGAAGAUGGUCGCCAUGUUGGGAUUUUCCGAAAAGAUACAGAUUCUAUUAAAGCAAAAGAAUGUGACCUGAUGCGACCUUGUUUAACGAUUUGUUUCCUUUUAACACAUUUCUCAACUAACUUAGAAAACGAAAACAAAACACACAAAAAACAGACAAAACAAACUUAAUACUGGACUUCAAUCACUUAAACACUGAAAUACGUUAAGUUCGCAGUGCUACAUAAAAUGCUUUAUUCUGCGUUUUAACAGGUCAAAGGAUUACCCUCAAAGAUUGCGACUAAAGAUGAGCUCUGUGACAUUGUGACCCGCAUUAUCUCACAACUGAGCGUCCAACACGCUGCUGUAAACUAUCCCCUGACAGACUAUGGUCUGUACACUCCCAACCUACCAACCAAACUGUACAACGAUACCAGGCUGAAGGAAGGCGAAUACGGUGUACAACGUCUGCCAAACAGAAACACUUCCUCCGUAAGUUGUGCGACCAUAUUGAACACCUAUACGCUGGAUAUGGCAUGAUCACAGGUUUAAUCAUGUGGAUUUAGCUUGUGCCGUUUGAGCAAUUUUCAACUGAGUGUCGAAAGUAAUCCGAGAUUGCAUUGGUUUUGCUUUACUGUGUGCUGUGAUUGGUCUAGAAAACUCGUGCCACCCUCUCAGCCAAUCAGAUGCAAAACUAAAAAAAAUCGCGACUCGGUCACUCGUACGUUUGAAUUUCGUGAAUCUGGACUAAAUCAUUAUUUAGCUCCUUCAUUGACCUUCCCCAACACAAUGUACUCAGGGGCACAUCGGAAAUGCAUUGUACACAACGUUUUUCCAAACAGAAAAAAUGAAUAAGGUGGAAGGGGAAAACGUGUCUGUUACAGUUUAUGAGCUCUCUACGGUAGCAUAAACAUCUGCUUCGAGGGACAAUUUUCCUUCAGGGUAUUUUUGGCGUUUCUGUUUUCCUCAGACAUUCUAUUCAUACGCAGUGAUGUGACUGUACGCCAGUUAUGGCUGUGGCAUGCCGAGUUGCCGUCAGUCAGUUGUUGAUUUAGAAAUUUACCCAAGGAGCCAGAUAGGCAAACAGUGUUUAAACCUACACGCCCGUCAAUCAUACAUAGGGAGUCAGCAAUUAACACCUAUCUCAGGCAGUCAGUAAACACAAUCAACCUUUAUGCCAGUCGGUUAGUCAGGCAGGCACUCCGGUAGCAAAUAAUUUAUUGAAUUAGUGCGUUCGUACUCCACUGAUUUAAAAAGCCAUGAUACACUUGAUAGAAAGACGAUGAGUAGAACAUUGAUUAAGUUUGAACAUCAGAUAGUCAAAACUAACUUUUUUCCUAUUUUCACUCCCCAGAUCGAAGCCAGCUUUAGUAACAUCCUUUCGCUGUUCCGCUUUGACUCCUUGUUUGACUACGGCAACGAACUUCUUGAUCCUGAGGCCGUCAAACUCGUCAAUGGUUAUUACACUUACCUCAUGAAUGUUAUUCAGCCUCAAAUGCAAGAAAAGAACCGAAAGAGGAAGGAAGAUAAUUAUUUGACCUAUCCGUACUUGAUUCCAAGAUGGCUGCCAAAUGGAAUUCAAACCUGAUCCACCACAUUCUCAAAAACGAACUGUCCUUACACUUUCUUUUUCACUUGACGUAGCUUUAGAAAGUACUACACAUGCAUUGUUUGUUACAUUGGUAAUUAGUUCAAGUUUUUAAAAUUGGGGAGCUUUCGUGCAUCAAACCGACCUCUGCCACAUUCUAUGUGGCUUUACCUGCAUCAGUAAAAUUGUUUUAAGGAUUUGAUGGAGCCAGCUGUGAAAUUACACACACCAGCCGG